CUCGCUGACCCGGCUACCCUCGCCGCCGUUGUUCACCAACGACGACGCCCGACGCUCAGGUGCUCUGAACGCGUCUUUGCUCACUCAGCGCUGUGGCAGCUGCUCGCCUCACUUCGUUGCUUGAUAUUGUACGAUGUUCUUUACACCUGAACUGCUCGAGAGACGAGAGAGCGGCUUUGGCUUGCUGUGGCUAGCUGCUACUCUCGGUGCCAAGUCAUCCUUCAAGAAACUGCCCAAACGUUCCGUGCUGACUGCUGAUAUUGCUCAACUAUGUGAUCUCAUUGCGGAGCCUCCUGAACCACUGGCCCUCAGAUUGUCGAGCAACCUCAUGAUCGGUGUGGCCCGAGUCUACAAAGUCAAACAGGAGAUAUUCUACUCCGAUGUGACCACUUGCUAUAACACACUCAAGAAGGCCGUAGCUGAUCUGCACACGGCGUCUUUGGGUGCUGCGGAGCUGCAAGCUGCUCAAGCCAGUCUACGGCCAGACGUUCUGACCCUCGCUGUGGACCCAGGCGCUGCGUUUGCCAUUGACUUCGGCAACAUAUUCGGAGAUUGGGAAGACAUUAGACCACCAGGCAGAGCUGGAUCUGACGAGGAAGAUUCCGACGAUGAAUUCGACCCUAAAACCAAGAAAGCCAAAGGAAAACAGAAGGCAAGAGAGAAGCCCCCUUCAUUUGUCUCCGAGAACGUUCGCGCCAACCUGCACACGCUCGACGAGCACCACGAGCACCUGCUCUCCCAGUCCUUCGACGCCUCCUUCGGCGGAACCGGUUUCGGGGCACCCAUGCCCGCGUCGCAGAUGGAGGGUGGACUAGCAUUCAGUGACGACGUCUUUGGCUUGCACGAUGGAAUGGACCUAGGCGACAUCGGCGACGAGUUAGCGAGGGAGCUAGGUGAAGGUUGGGGGGCGCCUGUAGAUCCACUGGGCGGGGACGACCUCUUUGCUACUGGCCAGCUCGACGCCGGCCUGGGAAUGGACUUUGAAUUCGAGGGUGCUCAGUCGUUUGGUGCGGGGCCUAAUACGGAUAGCACGCCUAGUGUGCGGCCGCAAGCGCGAGAGAACGGAGAGGGUAUCCAGCCAGAUGGCUCUAUCAUAGUGCCACUGAUGCCCUUCAGUCCCAUCCAAGGCGAAGAUGUCGAGAUGCAGCCGAACCCCGACGAUCCCCUUCAGGCUGAGGCUCCAACUAAGCCGCAGAAGAAGGCAAAGCGCGUCAGACUUUUGCUCGACGCGCGGACAGAACUUACAGAUGAGGAACUGAAGGCCGCUCGAGCGAACUAUAUGGAGGGACAAGAGACUAUCCGGCAAGAGCUCGUACACAAGAAGUUCGAGAAGGAGAGUGGCAAAAUAAUGGAAGAGCUGAUUUGGGGCGUCCCAUCUGGGAGUAAGUCGAUGAAACGAGUCUCACGGACUUCUUUCGCUGAGCUAACGGUACGUAUAGUGCAAGCCCCUGUUCUGGUCGACUUCUGGAUGCAAAAUUUCAAGCUGCAGGUAGAAGCUCGCGCUGCAUCAAUGCAGGAUACACAACCACCACAUAAGCGUAGGCGGAUAGCGCAUGAAGAGUUCCAGGAUGGGAACGCUCUUGACGAAGGCUUUGGAGCGCCUCCGGACGCAGACUUCGGCGUGAACGCAGACAUGGGUUUCAUGAUGGACAACAACGAACCUGCUGGCUUUGGUGGCGACUACAACUCAAGGAUGCGUUCUUCGGAGGAACCCGGCGUCGCGCGAAGAGUAUCCCGUCCACCGUCGCUCAUCGGAAGCCAAUUCGAGAUGCCUGGGGUCGGCUUGGGCUUCACGUCCGGGUCCCAGCGGAGCGCUCUCUUCCCAUGGGACAACGCCGGCGCGAGCUCCUCUGUCGGUGGGCCUCUAGAGUUUGGUCAGGAUGGCAGCGCCAGGCGCAGUCUCGGCCGCGCGGAUACUAGGUUGAGAGGCAGUUCGUUGAGCAGCAGACAUGGGAGCCCCAUGCUUGGUGGGCGCGUCCCAGAGUCCCCAGCGGACUUCGGGGGGAGAAGCGCAUUGAGUGGCGAAGGCUUUGAAUUCGAAUUGCCUGGGGAGGAGUCAAUGGCGAACGAGUCCCAGUUGUCGGACAUGAACACUCUGACACUAGAGCGGAACUCGCACAACUUCCUAGAGUAUGCCAAGAUGCAGCUGAAGACGUUCCCGUCGGCGACCUCCACACUCACCUUCGACGACGUCGUACCGAAGCAGACCAGUACCCCGCACGUAGCCGCGGCAGCGUUCUAUCAUUGCCUCGUCCUAGCGACGAAGAAUCUAGUCGGUGUCGCCCAGGAAGCUCCAUACGGGACGCUGAGCAUCACGGUGAAGUGAUUGUAGGUCUAUGUGUUCAGAAUGCCCGUGUGUGGUGAGUGUGACCUGAGUGCGACGCUCUGUAUCGUAUGCCCGAUCGCGAAUGGCUGAAUUACAAUAAUUGAUGCGUC